CACUUUAUUUAUGGAAUACAGUCUAAUCAUUGUAGGUGAUCCAAAAGUUGGAAAGUCAGCCAUUUUAUUAAGGUUUUACAUUUAAUUUUAUGUAUUUUUAGGAUGUCUUCUAAUAUAUUUACAGAUUUAUAUGAAGCAACUGUUUGGAGAUAAACAAAAAAAAAGAUUAGUGUUAAUAACAUAUCUAUUAAUUUAAAUAUUACAGAUAUAUGUUGCCUAGAAUACUAUCAGUCUAUCAGAAAAAAUUCAUAUAUAAACAAGGAUUAUAUUAUAAUUGUUUUUGAUAUUAAUUAGAUAGCAAGCUUUCAUAAUGUAUUAUAAUACGUAAUAUGUACAAUUAUUGUAAGUGGAAAUUAGAGACAUGCCAACUUAAGAAUAUAAAAAAAAUAAUUAUUGCUAAUAAAAUAGAUCUAAGAGAGAAUGAUGAAUAAAUUGAAGAUUAUAAAUCAUAAGUAGAUUAUAUCUUAGCUUAAGGUUAAAGAAGCAUUUAAAGAUUGCUAUUUUUUUUCUUGUUCAGCCAAAACCGGUGAAAACAUAGAUGAGAUCUUUAAAGAAAUUGCUAAAAUUUCAUUAGAAUCGUUUCCUAAAAGAAAAGAAUAACCAUUAUAAAAAGAACAAUUUUGUUCUUGUUAAAUAUUUUGA